UUGACAUCAUCGUCACGGACUUGUCGACAUCAAGCCUCGAAUGAACGCUUUCCUUCAAGAUGCUAUGCCAGUCAAGUCGCUGGACUAGAGCCCAAGAAGGGUGACAAAGUCAUAGUAGCCAUGUCUGGAGGCGUAGAUUCCUCUGUCACGGCCAAGCUGCUAGCAGAGAAGGACUACGAUCUUUCCGCCAUCUUCAUGCGCAACUGGGAUACUCGGGAUGAAUCUGGCACCGACAAAGGCUGCGAGUGGGAGAAGGACUGGGAGGACGUUCAGCUUGUCUGCAAGAUGCUGGACAUCCCGUGCGCUAUGACAGAUUUGUCUCGUCAAUACUGGAACUCCGUCUUUGAGCCGUCGCUAGCAGACUGGAAGAGUGGGUUCACUCCAAACCCUGACGUAUGGUGUAACAAAGAGAUCAAGUUUGGAGCACUGCUUCGACGCGUUCACCAGACCGCGGACCCUGACAACCUGCCUUGGCUUGCAACAGGACAUUGGGCAGCGAAAGGUCGGCACAUAGCUUCUGACGGGUCUCUCCUACCUACACUUCGCCGCCCACGAGAUCUCUCAAAAGAUCAAACCUACUACCUUUCGUCCAUCUCCGCCGACAGCAUCCAACGUGCACUCUUUCCUCUCGCCGACUUCACAAAAGUUGAGAUCCGUGAGCUUGCGGAGAAGUGGGGACUGCCAACUGCUAAACGGGAGGAGAGCAUGGGGCUUUGUUUCGUAGGAGAGAAACGGAGGUUCAACGACUUUCUGGCGCAAUACCUACAGCCGCAGCCAGGAUCUAUCGUCGAGCAUCCUUCGAAACGCGUGCUCGGUACCCACCAAGGUUUGUGGAACUACACAAUUGGUCAGGGCGCGAAGAUCGCUGGUCUGAAGGACAGGGUCUUCGUUGCGUCAAAAGAUGUCUCUACAAACACGGUUAACGUUGUCUAUGGAACUGAAAAUCCGGCUCUGUAUGCUAAGUCCGUCUGGACAGACGAUUUCUCCUGGAUAUGGGCAGGCCAGCCACCAGAGGCACUGAAACACGGUAUGAAGGUUCGCGUCAAGACACGGCAUGUCAUGCAGGAUGUGGGGUGCACCGCUUAUCUUGACGAAGAUUGCCCAGGUGGGCUGAGAAUCAUCUUUGACGAGCCGCAGAAGGCCCAAGCGCCAGGGCAGAUCGCCGUCUUGUAUGACGGAACAUGGUGCCUUGGCUGCGGACGCAUCCGGGACGCGGAGCCUCUCGUACCCUUAAUAUAGAAUAGUAUUCAUACAUACAAGGCGUUUGUUAUAAUCCUAUCCGUAGUCAGCAACACAGUUGAAAUGAACGAUAAC